GAUUUGUUUGGCGUCGAUGGCCAACUUGUGUACCAAGCCACUGAGCAGCGGGAGUGUUGUGGUCCUCGCAUGGAUUGCAGGGUUGCCAACACCCAAGGAUAUAAUGUCCUCAACCUUCUCGUGCCUUUAGAGUGCUGUAGCUGUGACACCAAGUUGCAGGUCUCCAGUUCCUCCGGGGAGCUCCUCGGCUACAUAGUCCAAGAGUGGACAAGUUUUACCUUGAGCUUCGACAUCUUGGAUCCAUCGGGACUUGUUUGUCUUAAAGUGAAAGGUCCAGGAUGGGGGGAAGGCUUUAUGUCUGACCUCAAUUAUAAGAUUCUAUCUGCUGACAAAACAACACAAAUCGGGGUCAUCACACGUGUGUGGCGGGGGGGUUUAAAAAAGAGAUGUUCAGCUUCAAAGACAACUAUACAAUCAAUUUCCCCACGGACCUCCAUGUCUCCAUGAAAGCCAUGAUAAUGGCCUCCACCCUCUUCAUUGACCUCCUGAUUGAAGAGCGCAGGCGCCAACAGUCCAACAGUGCGAGCAGCAACUGA